CUUACAGGUGCCAACAAUUUCUUCUUCAAAACAAAUCUACAUUUAUAAUUUUCGAAACUUUAGUUUUUUAAUUGUAAUUUGAUUUAAUUACAGCUUUAAUGUUUAAUCUGUUUCAAAUAUAAUUACGCAAUAUGGAGCAAUGAGCAGUAAAACUCGAAGCCCGGAGAUAAAAUAUAAUGAUCCGGAGGGGGCAAUCAUCUUACAGUAAUACAUAUAAAAGCGCAUCAGGUUGAAUUGAUUGAUUUUCGGUUGAUAACCGAUGGAUCUUUUUAUCUUAUCACAGUAAAGUGAUUCACUGUUACUAAUAAUGGGCGGAAUGAGAUAAACUGCUUCGCUCAAAUAUUUUUUAUCAGUCACCGUUACGAUACACAGUGAGACAGUAUUAUCAUAUAAAUUUCUGCAAUUUGGUACGAUAUUAUUCAUUGCACAUUAUAAUAUAAUCGGUGUUACAAAAAUAUGAAAAAUGCUAAAUCGAAAUAAUGUGAAAAUUUACCACGUUGUAACAGAUUAUCUUUAUCUUUAUUUUUAUACAUGUACAACGUGGUGUCAUGAAUAUAUAUGUGAUGUGAUGUGUGAUAUGUGUGUGUGUGUGAGGGAGAAGCAGAGUGUUUGAAGAGUGAUAUUACUAAACAAAAUUGUUAUUUAAAUUUUAAUUAUUUUAAAUUUUUUCUAAUUUUUAUUAUAAUUGCGAUGUAAUUUUGAAGAGCGAAACCAUGAAAAGGCGUCAAUUGUCACGUUCGUUACGAUGGAGCCUUGAAAACAUCGCUGCAUCAAGCUCAGCAAGGCAAGAAACGCUGAAGACUUCGCAAUCUCUUUCUUCGGGCAAGAGAUCGACGGAAUCGAAAACUUCAUCGAGAGAACAACCCAUGCGUCGCCGCAAAACGAUCUCCCUUGGGGCUAUCGAUGCGUUGCAAUGCAUAGUAUGCAAAAACACGGUAAACUCACCCAAAAUGAUGAAAUGUCGGCAUAUCUUUUGUCUGCGAUGUUUUAAAAACCGGCUUAUAAUAUCUCAUAAAAGAGAUGGUAGUUCCAUUUGCCCUAUCUGUAACGUAGCAGUGAUAGAAAAUAAAAAGGAAGAAGGUACGAAAAAUUCAGUGAGCUUUGCGCCCUUACCACCAAAAUUGCGAGAUGAGAAAUGCCGCAUCUGCGGUGAAAUUUGCGAGGAGAAAUGUAGACAUUGCAAACGCAGAUUUUGUAAUGAUUGCUGGAUAAGCCAUAUUAAUGACUUGAAAGAGGAACUGAAUAAUAUAAAUGGAGAUCUUGAGUCAUCAGCGGCGAGUUUCGAAGAUAGGCUCAACAAUUUUAUGAGUAAAGCGAGUAAGACGAAAGAAUUCAUCGUUAGAGAUAUCGAAGCUAAAAUAAUUGAACUUCAUAAAAAAAGAGAAACUCGAAUUAAAAAGGUAGAAAAUAUAAUUGCUGCGGGUGAAACAUCAGUGGAGGAUAUUAGAGAACGGAUGCACAAAGCUCAGAUGGAGAUAAAGGAGCAGAAGGAGCUUUCGUACGAUGUGCUGCCUGAUAACGAUGAAAAGGUAAGAAUGUUCUUAGAUCUGCAACAGAAGGCUGCGGAAGUGAUGGCAGCGGUUACUAUUUGGGACUCGGAAUUGAAUGACAUAGAAAUGGGACUCGGGAAAAUUAACAAAGCAUCGCUUAUCAAGGAAAAAGCCGGCCCUCAUUACAAGCGGAAAACCUUCAUACCGAAAGUAAUCGUGAACCGUGACACGGUGCAGCGACCGUCGGCACUUGCCAUUGAUUCCUGGCGGGAUAACAUUAUCACGACCUGUCCAGGAUCGGGACAAAUUAUUAUUCUCGACAGAAAGUUCAAACUUGUACGGAAAAUUCGUCACCAAGAGAUGAUGGCACCUCAAGGAGUCGCUUUCCUGCAGGAGCACGACGAAAUAUACGUAACAGAUAAGUGGAAGCAUUGCAUCUUCGUAUUCGAUCACAAGGGCGAAUUUGUUCGUCGCAUGUGCAGCAAGGGUCACGGGGAAUCAGAACUACGUUCACCAGAGGGAAUCGUUUUUCACCCGGAACGGGAUGUGCUCUACAUUGCUGAUACUGGAAACAAUCGCGUCCAAGUUCUCGAGAAGGACGGCGCGUAUCUGGACAGCUUCGGACCGAAAAGUAAGCAGACAAAGGGUGCUGCUGUCAGAUUCCGCAAAACCGGACCGAGUCAGCUAAGCCAACCGACAGACGUGGCUGUCACGACGACGCGCGUUGCCGUCGCCGAUUCUGGCAAUCACAAAAUCAAGAUAUUCGAUCACGAUGGGCAAAUUCUUCAGAGUAUCGGCGCCGUGGGUACAGCGAAAGGCUUAUUUAGAUCACCCGAAGUAUUAAGAAUCGACAAGAAAGGAAACAUCAUCGUCGGUGAUGCUGGAAACGGAAGAGUGCAGAUAUUUUCUUCCGAUGGUGAAUUUCUGCGAGUAUUGGGUGCCAAACAAACCCGAGGGCAUAAAUUUGGAUGGGUGUCUGGACUGCUGGUGACAAACAAUUAUGAUAUUUUAGUGUCUGAUAGUAAGAAUAAUAUUAUAUAUUUAUUUUAGCACUUUAUUUUUUUAACAGUACAGUGUAUGUUCUUCAGCUUUUGCUACUCACUGUAAAUUUCUAAAUUGUGCAUCAAUUUUUCUUGUGCAAGAAUGAAAAACUUGCAAGAAAAACGUAGAAAUUGCAAACGUAAAAAUAGUUAUGUAACAAUUAUUUAUGUAUAAUACUUAUUUAAUUAUUACUUUGUAAAAUAAUUAUAUCUAUACUAUUUAUUCGUAACAAAUCACAUUAUUUAUUUAUGAUAAAUAACGCAAGACUAUUAAAGCUUGAUUUUGUGUCAGUUUACACAAAAUCAAAUGAGUUAAUUGUUAAUUUGUUAAGCGUGACAUGAGAGAUGCAUAAUUUUUUAAAUUUCGUUUAAAAAAUCGUAUCUCAUGUGCUUUAUAAAUGUACGGUAUACUAUUUGUGCGAUAUAUGUAUAGUUGCAUAAUAAACAUACUGUAUGAUUUUAAUCGGCUGUUUGCAAACGUGCGAACUAACUGCAGUUGACGUAGCGAACGAGUUACAUAAUAAUAAUAAAUGCGACGUCAUAGAAUGUUGGAUGACAUAAA